GCCCUUCGGGGAAUGGUGCAACCUGCAGCCGAAAGAUGCCGCCAAGAUGCCUGAGAGCGCCUGGAAGCUGCUUUUCUACACGAUAUCCUGGUCCUACGGCAUCUACCUGCUCUUCUUCACCGACUACCCCUUCUUCCACGACCCGCCGUCCGUCUUCUACGGCUGGAAGAAGGGCAUGGACGUGCCCACGGACAUCGCCAUCGCCUACCUGUUGCAGUGCAGCUUCUACGGCCACUCCAUCUACGCCACCGCCUAUAUGGACACGUGGCGCAAGGACUCCGUGGUCAUGCUCCUCCACCACGUCGUCACGCUGACCCUCAUCGCCUUCUCCUACGCGUUCAGGUACCACAACGUGGGCAUCCUGGUGCUCUUCCUGCAUGACGUCAACGACGUGCAGCUGGAGUUCACCAAGCUCAACGUCUACUUCAAGCACCGGGGGGGCGUCUAUCAUCGCCUCAACGACGUCAUCUCCAACAUCGGCUGCCUCACCUUCAGCGUCAGCUG